CCAGACCUGGUGGAGCGCCUCAUCUCCGUGGACAUUAGCCCUGUCCCAACCGCCCCUGUCUCCGAGUUCUCUGCCUACAUCUCUGCCAUGCAGUCGGUGAGGAUCCCAGCCGGCCUGUCCCGCUCUGCCGCCCGCCAGCUGGCCGACGAGCAGCUGCAGCCAGUGGUCCAGCUCCCACAGCUGAGGCAGUUCCUCCUCACCAACCUGGUGGAGGUGGAGGGCCGCUACGUCUGGCGGGUAAAUCUGGAGGCUAUUUCCCACCACUUAGCAGAUAUCAUGAACUUCCCCGUUUUCCACAAGCCUUAUCUUGGCCCUGCACUCUUCUUGGGAGGAUCCAAGUCACCCUAUAUCAGCUCCAAAGACUACCCGGAGAUCCAGCGCCUCUUCCCCAAGGCAGAUGUCCAGUACAUCGAGGGUGCUGGCCACAUAGUCCACCAGGAUAAGUUUGAAGAAUUCAUCACUGCUGUCCUCAAAUUCCUGCCACCGCCGUAG